GUUGCGCAUUAUUUGGAACCAUCAUCUUCAUCUCCUUCAAGCACGGCACAUACUCUACUAUAUUUCUCCAUCUAUCUUUAUAUACCCUACGAUCUGCGACACCUGCACACCAAAACCAGCAAUGGCGCCGGUGAAGGUGUUCGGGCCGGCCAAGUCGAUCAACGUGGCGCGGGUGCUGCUCUGCCUGGAGGAGGUCGGCGCGGAGUACGAGCUCGUCCACAUGGAUCUCUUCCAGGCCAAGGAGCAGAAUAGCCCCGAGCACCUCGCCAGAAACGUACGUGUGUCCGGUGAUGAGUGCUAACUAUUCUUCUUGAUGAGCCUGCCGCAGCCGUUUGGGAAGGUCCCGGCCUUACAAGACGGCGAUCUGGUCCUCUUCGAGGCCCGUGCGAUCGCGAAGUACGUGCUCCGCAAGUACAAGACGGAGCAGGCGGACCUGCUGAGGGAGGGCGACCUGGAGGAGGCCGCCAUGGUGGACGUGUGGACGGAGGUGGAGGCGCACCAGUACCACCAGGCCCUGCGGCUCAUCAUGCUCGAGUGCUUCCUCAACCCCACCCUGCGCGGCCUCCCCACGAACCAGGCGGUCGUCGACGAGGCCGUUGAGAAGACGAAGAAGGUUCUUGAGAUCUACGAGGCGCGCCUGUCCGAGCACAGGUACCUCGCCGGAGACUUCUUCAGCUUCGCGGACCUCAACCAUUUCGCGAGCACUUUCUACAUCGUCGACGCGACGCCGUAUGGGUCGCUUCUCGACUCGUACCCUCGCGUGAAGGCCUGGUGGGAGGACCUCAUGUCCCGGCCCUCGUUCAAGAAGAUCAGCGCCAAUAUGACCACCAAGGUUUAGUUAUGACUGGUUUCUAAAGUCAUCCCCGGUCCGACAGAGCACGUACCUGUAAACGUUUUGUAAUCUUUUCUGCCAAGAAAUUCAAUAAAAGCCAUGUAUCCAACA